AUGGUUCUGCAUACUCUCUUCCCUUUUACAGACGGGAAAAAAACACACCAGUUCAUUUACUACGCCGACACCGGCUGGGCUGUAGGGGCCGAGGAGUCCGACUUUGAAGGCUGGGCCUUCCCCUUCCCAGGCGUGACACUGAUCGAGGAUUUUGUGACCCCGGCGGAAGAAGCUGAGAUGGUACGGCUGAUGGACCGCGACCCCUGGAAGCUCUCACAGUCCGGGCGGAGGAAGCAGACACUCCUUACUGAUCUCAGUGAGGCCCGGCCCCGCACGUCGGACUACGGCCCCAAAGUCAACUUUCGGAAACAGAAGCUAAAGACCGCCGGCUUCCGGGGCCUCCCCAGCUUCAGCCGGGAGGUGGUGCGGAGAAUGGGCCUCUACCCCAUCCUGGAGGACUUCCGGCCCGUGGAGCAGUGUAACCUGGACUACUGCCCGGAGCGGGGUUCGGCCAUUGACCCGCAUCUGGACGACACCUGGCUGUGGGGGGAGCGGCUGGUGAGCCUCAACCUGCUGUCCCCCACUGUGCUGUCCAUGUCCCGGGAGGCGCCCGGCAGCCUGCUGCUCUGCCUGGCCCCGUCCGGCUUCCCGCAGGCCCUGGUGGAAGGCGCGACGGCCCCCGGCAGGUCUGUCCCGUGCCGGGAGGUGGAGGUGGCUGUCCCCUUGCCCCGCCGCGCUCUGCUGGUGCUCACGCGAGCCGCGCGGCACCAGUGGAAGCAUGCCAUCCACCGCAGGCACAUCGGGGCCCGCCGCGUGAGCGCCACCUUCAGGGAGCUGUCAGCCGAGUUUGGCCCCAGCGGGAGGCAGCGGGAACUGGGGCAGGAGCUCCUGCAAACCUCGCUCUCCUUUCAGGGGAGACCCACGUGA